GUGCCGCCAGCCCGCCACCUGCCCCACCAUGGGCAGCGCAGAGGACGCAGUCAAAGAAAAGCUGCUGUGGAACGUGAAAAAGGAGGUAAAGCAGGUCAUGGAGGACGCGGUGACCAGGAAGUUUGUGCAUGAAGACAGCAGCCACGUCAUUGCUCUGUGUGGUGCUGUGGAGGCUUGCCUCCUGCAUCAGCUAAGACGCCGAGCCGCUGGCUUUCUGCGCAGCGACAAGAUGGCAGCCCUGUUCACCAAAGUGGGGAAGACGUGCCCCGUGGCUGGAGAUAUUUGCCGCAAGGUGCAGGAGCUGCAGCAACAAGCAGAGGGCAAGAAACCCUUGGGAAGCCACCAAGAAGCCCUUCGGAAACAGGGCUCAACAGGUGGAAAGGCCCCAUCUCUCAGCCCACAGGCCUUGAAGCACAUAUGGGUACGCACAGCACUCAUGGAGAAAGUUCUGGACAGGGUUGUACAGUACCUGGCCGAAAACUGCAGCAAAUACUACGAGAAGGAAGCGUUAUUGGCAGACCCUGUGUUUGGCCCAAUCCUGGCCUGUCUCCUAGUGGGACCCUGUGCCUUGGAAUACACAAAGCUCAAGACAGCUGAUCACUACUGGACGGACCCCUCUGCUGAUGAGCUAGUCCAGAGGCACCGUAUCCGGGGUCCCCCUAGUCGGCAGGACUCCCCAGCAAAGCGCCCUGCCCUGGGGAUCCGGAAGCGCCACUCUAGUGGCAGCACUUCGGAAGACCGUCUAGCUGCCUGUGCCCGCGAGUACGUGGAGUCUUUGCACCAGAAUUCGAGAACACGGCUGCUCUAUGGCAAGAACAACGUGCUGGUGCAGCCGAAGGAGGACAUGGAGGCAGUCCCUGGCUACCUCUCCCUGCACCAGUCUGCAGAGAACCUAACCCUGAAGUGGACUCCCAACCAACUCAUGAACGGGACUCUCGGGGACUCGGAGCUAGAAAAGAGUGUGUACUGGGACUAUGCCUUGGUGGUGCCCUUCAGUCAGAUCGUCUGCAUCCACUGCCACCAGCAGAAGAGCGGUGGCACACUUGUGCUGGUGAGCCAGGAUGGCAUCCAGAGGCCUCCACUGCACUUCCCACAGGGAGGACACCUGCUGUCCUUUCUGUCAUGUCUGGAGAAUGGGCUGCUGCCCCGUGGACAGCUGGAGCCCCCGCUGUGGACCCAGCAGGGAAAGGGCAAGGUUUUCCCCAAGCUAAGGAAACGCAGCAGCAUCCGCUCCGUUGAUAUGGAGGAGCUGGCUGUAGGGCGGGCCACAGACUACGUGUUCCGGAUCAUCUACCCAGGACAUAGGCACGAGCACAUCACUAUUAACUACCACCACCUAGCGGCCAGCCGUGCGGCCUCGGUGGACGAUGAUGAGGAAGAGGAGGAUAAACUACACGCGAUGCUGUCAAUGAUCUGCUCGCGGAACCUCACAGCUCCCAAUCCGAUGAAAGAUGCUGGUGACAUGAUUGAGAUGCAGGGGUUUGGACCCAGCCUGACAGCCUGGCACCUAGAGCCCCUGUGUGGCCAGGGCUCUUCCUGUCUCUCCUGUUCCUCCAGUAGCUCCCCGUAUGCAACCCCCAGUCACUGCAGCUGCAUUCCUGACAGGUUGCCCCUCAGGCUGCUGUGUGAGCGCAUGAAGAGGCAGAUUGUGUCCCGGGCCUUCUAUGGCUGGCUGGCCUACUGUCGCCACCUGUCCACAGUGAGGACCCACCUGUCGGCACUGGUGCAGCACAACAUUAUCCCACCGGACAGGCCUGCGGGGGCCUCAGGGGGCCUCACCAAGGAUGUGUGGAGCAAGUACCAGAAGGACAGAAAGAACUACAAGGAGCUGGAGCUGCUACGGCAGGUAUACUACGGAGGUGUGGAACACGAGAUCCGCAAGGAAGUCUGGCCCUUCCUGCUCGGUCACUACAAGUUUGGCAUAAGCAAGAAGGAGAUGGAACAGGUGGAUGCAGCGGUGGCAUCGCGGUACCAGCAGGUGCUGGCAGAGUGGAAGGCCUGCGAGGUGGCGGUGAGGCGGCGGGAGCGAGAGGCUCACCCAGCCAUGCUCACUAAGUACUCCUCAGGCAGCAGCAUCGACAGCCACGUGCAGCGCCUCGUGCACCGAGAUUCCACCAUCAGCAACGAUGUAUUUAUCUCUGUGGAUGAUCUCGAGCCUCCAGGGCCGCAGGACCCUGAAGAUUCCAAACCAAAGCAGGACCAGGAACCAGGAACUGGGACUCCAGGCAUGGCUGCUGCAGAGCAGCAGUCAGUGGAGUUUGACUCUCCAGACUCGGGGCUGCCUUCCUCCCGCAACUACUCCGUGGCCUCAGGCAUCCAGUCCAGCCUAGAUGAGGCACAGAGUGUGGGCUUUGAAGAGGAUGGCGGCGGGGAGGAAGGCUCCGAAGGGCCGGCCACUGCAACCCACACUUUCUCUGAACUCCACGAUCCAGGCCAGGAGAAGCUUGCACCUGCCACCGAGCUUGAAGCAGGGGAGGACCUCACAGCUGUGUGUGCUACGGCCUAUACUAUAGAAUUACUGGACACCGUGGCCUUAAAUCUGCACCGCAUAGACAAGGACGUGCAGAGGUGUGACCGCAACUACUGGUACUUCACGACUCCCAACCUCGAGAGGCUUAGAGACAUCAUGUGCAGCUACGUGUGGGAACACCUGGAUGUGGGCUACGUGCAGGGCAUGUGUGACCUCCUGGCACCCCUCCUGGUGGUCCUUGACAACGACCAGCUGGCCUACAGCUGUUUUAGCCACCUCAUGAAGAGGAUGAGCCAGAACUUCCCCAAUGGGGGUGCCAUGGACGCUCACUUCGCCAACAUGCGUUCCCUCAUCCAGAUCUUGGACUCGGAGCUGUUCGAGCUGAUGCAUCAAAAUGGAGACUACACCCACUUCUACUUCUGCUAUCGCUGGUUCCUUCUGGACUUUAAAAGAGAGCUGCCGUAUGAGGAUGUGUUCGCGGUGUGGGAGGUGAUCUGGGCAGCCAGGCACGUCUCGUCAGAGCACUUCGUCCUGUUCAUCGCCCUGGCCCUGGUGGAGGCCUACAGAGAGAUCAUCCGGGACAACGACAUGGACUUCACUGACGUCAUCAAGUUCUUCAACGAGCGGGCUGAGCGCCAUGAUGCCCAGGAGAUCCUGCGGAUUGCCCGGGACUUGGUCCAUAAGGUGCAGACGCUCAUAGACAACAAGUGAACGCUGCUGCGGCUGGGGACAGCAAAGUGGGGAGCCCAGGUACCAGGCCCUGAGCUCCAGCAGGAAGAGGCAGAAGUCACGUUCUACCACAGACUGCCUCACCCCACAUCCCCUACCCCUACCCCGCCUCUGCCAGCCCUGCCCACUCAGCCGUGUACCCUAACAAGGUGACUGAAAGCCUGCGAUGUGAGUGUGGGCAGUGUGGGG